UGGGUAUUGAAUGACCAGGCAUUUUUUCGAUACUCGACGUUAAGGAAAAACUCAGGAGCAGCGCAACUCAUUUACCGUACUUGAAGAAUGUUCGGGAGAUUUUGAUGACUUACACAGGAUAAUUUAAUGAACACUCAAUUGGGGAGCAGGCAGUACAGUUUAAUCACGAUAGGUUAUUGUGUGGUGUCGUCCCAACUCUCUGAAGUUCCUGUCCUCCUGAAGGAGUAUUUAAACUCAUGCUGGACGCGUUAUGGUGUGUUGGUGCCUGGCCAGACCUCUCUCAUAGACUCUGUGAGGUUUGCGUCCAAGAAAGCUGGCGGCAGCAGUAAGAACGUCGGUGGAAAGAGCCCUGGUCGCAGAUAUGGCUUCAAGAAACAGGAUGGAAACUUUGUCCAUGCGGGGAACAUCCUGGCAACACAGAGGCUGAUGAGGUAUCAGCCAGGAGCACAUGUGGGGAUGGGAACCAACAAGACGCUCUUUGCUCUGGAGGACGGCUACGUCAGGUUCACCAAGGAGGUCUACGUCCCCCACCCACGCAGCCCCGAGGCCACCCAGGUAAUCACCAAGCUGCCAAAGGGAGCGGUGCUUUACAAGACCUUCAUCAGCGUCCUGCCAGUCAAACAGGAGGGCAAGUUUAAACUGGUGGACAUGGUCUGAGACUGCCUGGACUGGACUGGGACAUUAUCGUUUCCCAGGUCUUCUUGUGUUUGGCCGGAAUCAAGGAGGAUUUGCGUUGACUGACACUUUGACUGAUUUUUGGAGGUGUAAGUGAACAGCAGCCAGAGAGCAGAGGUGAGUCGGUGGAAACCUGCAGACUCUGGGCCUCUUCCUCAGCUCCCUGUCCCCAUCAUUAUGUGACAAACUCUAUUGCACCUAUAAAACAGAAGUUCAGCUUUCAGUUUAUGUACACAAGACAUAACAAUAAAAUGUUUCCACUGAA